AUGAAAAUAUAGUAUAAAUUUUUAGAAAAUUUGCUUAUAGACUCUACUAAUUUAACUAGAAAUUUUAAUUUUUUUUAAAGAUAUAUUUUCAUUAAAUUUAAUCAAUUUAGUAAAAUUGUAUAAAGAAUAAAUUAAAUAGGGAUGAUAAAAAGCUCAUUUGUUAAGAGUGAUAAGAAUAAAGCUAAGGAUGAUUUAAAUAAGGCCUUUUUUGGUCAUGCUGAAUUCGAUGCUAUUUUUUCUAACUCAAUAAAAAAAGGAACAACUAUUUUGAUAGAAGAAGAUUAUCCUACUUCAAUGCAUGUUUCAUUUAAUAGAUAUUUUGUAGGAUGUGGUUUUCAUUUAGAAUAAAAUUGUUUUGUUUAUGAUGUCUUCCCAAAAAGAUGGUAUGAUAUGAUUCCAGUUAAGAGCACUAGCGAGGAAAAAAGAGAGUAAGAAAAGUUAGCCAUAUCCAAGUAAAAGGAAGAAAAUAAAAUUGCUUGGAGAUAUAACCACAUGACCAUUAAAUUAAAAGAAGAGGCCCUCUCAAAGGACAUUCCACGUUUAGAUCUUAGUCGUAAUGUUGCAGAUAAAGAAAAAGUCAAAAACUUAUUAAUUUCUAAGGAUAUAAAUUAAUUUGGCAAUUUGAAAGAACUUUUGGAUGAUAUUUGCAAUUCUCUACAAAACUCAUUUUCAAGUGAAAACGAUACAAAAUUAAAGAAAAUUUGUAUCACAAACUUAUUUGGAAACUUCUCAAAAAUUAAAUACACAGAUUAAGAACUUAUAAAAUUUUUAUAUGCAAUUAAAACUAUUACAAGAGCUUCUCAUAUGCUUUUAGUUUUAACUAUUCCUCCUACUAUAUCAGAAAAGCUUAAAUCUCUAUUCUAUAUGAAUUUUGAUUUGGUUAUUAAGCUUGAACCACUCUUUGAAAAUACUGAAUUCCUUGAUUUUAAUGGAAUGCUCCAUAUCCUUAAAUAUCCUCAAAUAAAUAAUUACUUAAACUUCAAACUAGAUACUUUAACAUGGGGUCUUAAAGCCUCUUCCAAAAAAAGAAUUGAAAUAGAAAAACUUUAUCUACAACCACCAGAUCAAGAUAACAUUAAUGCUGAUAAUGUUUAUAAAGAAGAAAAUAAAACUCAAACUAUUAUAUGCAGUAACAAGCCUUCUGGAAAAACAGAUCUCGAUUUUUGA